AUGUCCACUGGUAUUGAUUCAAGUACUUCAUUAAGUGCUAGAACUAGGUCUAAACAACCUAAAGCACCAUCGCCUGAAGAAGUCCAACAUGAAGUUGAAAUUGAUUUAACUCAAGAGAAAUUGCAACGUCUUGAAGAUGAAGAAAAUUUCCAAAAAUCCUUCAAUGAAUUUGAAUCAUGGUUUGCACCAAUUUUCUUUACCAUCUUAUCAUUUGCUGUAAGAUUGUAUCGUAUUUCCAUCAACGAUCAUGUUGUUUGGGAUGAAGCACAUUUUGGUAAGUUCGGAUCAUAUUAUUUACGUCAUGAGUUUUAUCAUGAUGUUCACCCUCCUUUAGGUAAAAUGUUGGUUGGGUUAUCUGGUUAUAUAGCUGGAUAUAACGGUUCAUGGGAUUUCCCUUCAGGUGAAAAGUUCCCUGACUAUUUAGAUUAUACCAAGAUGAGAGUAUUCAAUGCUACUUUCUCGGCUUUAUGUGUUCCAAUGGCUUAUUUUACUUGUAAGGAAAUUGGUUUCAAUAAUUUAACCACUUGGUUAUUCACCUUGAUGGUUUGUUUAGAAAGCUCAUAUGUUACUUUAGGUAGAUUCAUCUUAUUGGAUUCCAUGUUAUUAUUCUUCACUGUUUCAACCGUCUUUUGUUUCACUAGAUUCCAUAAUUUGAACAAGGUGGCCGAAAAGAGUUUUACCAGAAAAUGGUGGAAAUGGUUAUUAUUAACUGGUUUUGCCAUUGGUUGUACUUGUUCCGUCAAAAUGGUCGGUCUUUUUGUUACUACUUUAGUUGGUAUUUAUACUAUUGUUGAUUUAUGGAAUAAAUUCGGUGAUAAAUCCAUGUCAAGAUUAACUUACAUCUGUCAUUGGAUUGCUAGAAUCAUUGGUUUAAUAAUAAUUCCUUUAACUAUCUUCUUAUUAGCUUUUAAGGUUCAUUUUGAUUUAUUAUAUAAAUCAGGAACUGGUGAUGCUAAUAUGUCAUCAUUAUUCCAAGCCAACUUAGUUGGAUCUGAUGUUGGUGGAGGUCCUCGUGAUAUCACUAUGGGCCAUUCAGUUGUUACUUUGAAAAAUCAAGGUUUAACUGGAGGUUUAUUACAUUCCCAUGUUCAAACCUUCCCUGAAGGUUCAAAACAACAACAAGUUACUACUUAUAGUCACAAAGAUUCUAAUAAUAACUGGAUUUUCCAAAGACCAAGAGGUUUACCAAUCUAUGAUUCUAAAACCAAUAAAGAACUUGAAUAUGUUGUUGAUGGAAUGAAAGUUAGAUUAGUUCAUCCAAUGACUGGACGUAAUUUACAUACUCAUAAUGUUCCAGCUCCUGUUACUAAAAGUCAUUUUGAAGUUGCUGGUUACGGUAACUUGACUAUUGGUGAUCUGAAAGAUAACUGGAUUGUUGAAAUCAUGGAACAAAAUGGUGAUGAAGAUAAAGAAAAACUUCACACCUUAUCUUCAUCAUUUAGAUUGAAGAAUCCUUCUAUGAAUUGUUACUUAGGUGUUUCUGGAUCUUCUUUACCAGCAUGGGGUUUCAGACAAGGGGAAGUUGCUUGUUUCAAAACUCCUUUCAAAAAGGAUAAGAGAACCUGGUGGAAUAUUGAAAACAAUGCUAAUGAAUUAUUACCACCACCACCAGCAGAUUUCAAAUUACCAAAAACCAGAUUCAUCAGAGAUUUCAUUCAAUUAAAUUUAGCUAUGAUGGCAACCAAUAACGCUUUGGUCCCAGAUAACGAAAAACAAGAUGAUUUAGCCUCAAGUGCAUGGCAAUGGCCAACUUUAAAUGUUGGUAUUAGAUUAUGUUCUUGGGCCAAUGAUGCAAUCAAAUAUUUCCUUAUUGGAUCACCAGCUACUACUUGGACUUCAUCUGUUGGGGUUAUUGUAUUUGCUGGAUUAACGUUAUACUAUCUUGUUAGAUAUCAAAGACAAUAUAAUGAUUUCUCCAAUAAAGAAACUUUACAAAAAUUCUUAAUGGGAGGUAUCUAUCCAAUGUUUGGUUGGGGAUUACAUUAUAUGCCAUUCUUAGUCAUGGGUCGUGUUACUUAUGUACAUCAUUAUUUACCAGCUUUAUAUUUUGCCAUGUUAGUAUUCUGUUUCGAAGUAGAACAUUUUACUGCUCCAUUAAAGAAAUCUCAAGGUGGUAAAUUGAUCUAUUCGAUGAUUUAUGUUGGGUUAUAUACUUUAGUUAUUGGAUGUUUCUGGCAUUGGAGAUGGCUUUCAUUUGGUAUGGAAGGUCCAAAAGAAAACUUUGCUUACUUAGAUUUAUUACCUUCAUGGAGAGUCGCCAAUGAUAACAAUCAAUAA